UAGUUUAUACCAAGGAGACGUCUGACUAAAUUCGACAGAAUAAAAUAUUAGACAUGAGUCCUCUCUAUGUUUUAUUGGGUUUCUUUGUCCUCGGAACAUCUGGGACUAUGUGUGAGGACAGAAACUCCUGUUCCAAUUCACUGUACCAGUAUGAAAACUGUCUGAAAACACAUGAUACAGCAGUGGGAAACAGAAUUGAUACUUUGGAAGCGGAGGUGGAAAAACUAAAAGAAGCUGCCACGCCUCUGGUCUCAUUUUUUGCCGGUCUUAAAGCCGAUUUCCAGUUGGUCACGGGGCAAAUGAACUUUGACCAUAUGUUGCUUAACGAGGGUCAUGCUUACAACUGCUCAACUGGUGUGUUUACCUCCCCCGUGCGCGGCGUCUACUCCUUCACGCUCACCAUAGGAAUGCCCACCCCAGAAUCAGCCAAAGAUUACCUUCGACUGAGUAUAAUGAAGAACAAAGAACGUGUGGGUUACUUGUAUAUCGAGUGGGAGGGCAUGUGGCUGAAGAGGUCAGAGGUCACCAUUGUCGAGCUCCGCCAUGGAGACCAAGUUUAUGUCCAGAUCGACGAUGUUCCGGCAGGAUUCACAACAAUAGGAGGACUUCCCUAUUACUCUCACUUCUCAGGAUUCUUAAUCGGCAAGAGCAGCUGUGAAUAAAAGACUUUAUUGCUCACUUAGGCACCAAACCUGGAUCAUGACAACCGAAACGUUAUCAGUAAGAAAUCUGUGAAAAAACUAUAUAUAAUAGAUAUAUUGAUUCAAUCACUGAAAUUUUAAUUUUAUUAAAGACUCAUGAUAUUAA